UGUUUUGCCGAAUCCAUCGUGUUGAUAACUGACACAAGACACCACUUCCGUGGCCCCGAGAGAAUCACACCUGUAUUGAUCUGAUCGCAGUACUCUGCACAUAUACCUUGCCAAGAUGGGCAGGAGGAAGAUAGAAAUCAAGGCCAUUAAGGAUGACAGGAAUCGCUCCGUAACAUUCUUGAAGCGCAAAGGGGGGUUAUUCAAGAAAGCCCAUGAGCUUUCCGUCCUGUGCUCUGUCGACGUUGCCGUUAUUAUCUUCGGCAACAACAAAAAGCUGUACGAAUAUUCAUCCAGUAAUAUUCGCGAUAUACUACAACGAUAUACCUACCACGGAGGACCUAAUGAGCACAAAGGCCCUUCUGAUUUCAAUGGUGGCGCCGACGACGAUGACGACGAUGACGAGAAUGGGACUAAUUCGCAAGGGGAACAACAUAUGAUGUACCAACCAAACCCGCCAGUUUCAUACCCCUUUCUCCGGCACACAAGUCUGUCGGACUCACCCCCAGUACCAAACGGCGCGUUCGGGCCUCAGCCGGGACAUCAAAUGAGCCGCGCCCAUACUCCCCAGCCGCCCUUCGUCGCUCGGCCACCAUCUGUCAACGAUAUCCGAAGGCUGAGGCCCGGGCAGCCGGUCCGUCCUGCGGGAGUCGCCCAGGAACUUCAAAAUAGGAGCGCCUUUGUGCCAUCGCCUCCCAUCUACAACCCACAACCACCUGCUACCAUGGCGCCUACUCACGGUCUUCCCACACAGUUGCAUCCUCAGUAUCCCUUCCAGCCGUCUCAACCACCUGCUCAUUCCAUGCAACAGUUCGAGGACCAGAGAAGAUCGCCUCUUCCUCCGACUUUUGUGUCUCAACCAUCACCACAUCCAGCACAUCGCCAUUCUACGUCCCCGCCUGAACUUCUCCAACCGCAGAUCCCGCAGCAACAAGUACAUCGCCAUUCUGCCUCUCCUCAAGUUCACCAAGCCCAGCUUCCACAGCAGCCGCAGCGGCUACCGAGCGCAAAUAUGUCGCCUCCUCCGCCACAGCCAGCUCAACCGCCUCAGCAGCAGCAGCAGCACCGUCACCAGCAGCAACAACCUCAGUCUAUGCCUAAUCAAAACCUUCAACCUCCUGCACCGCCAAAGCCAGAGUCUAUGGAGAGACCACGCCGGCUGAUCCCCGCGCUGAAUACAUCAGUCAAGAACCCUGGGCAGGGCAGUGUCUUUACGCCAAUCGAACCAGAGAACAAGUCUAUUCUGUCACAGCAUUUUGCCGCGUUCCGUCCAGAUAUCAAGUCCGAGUCGCCAAACAAUCGGUCGCAGUCUGUCGAUGGCGGUAACGUGUCUAAGCCUAAUACCUCUACACCAUCUAUCCAGCUUUCCAGUGCACAUGGCCAGGGGUCAGCUCAAAGAACGAAUUCAUUGACUGUAAUCUCACAAUCGACGCUUCCUCCGCCAUCCCGGCCCCAACACCUACGUGUGGGAGGUGGGCCAUUGCGACCGCGGCUUAAGGUGCAAAUUCCGGAUGACUCGGAUAGCGGAAGCGCUGCUGGAUCGGCAAGUUCUCCUCGUGUUACAACCACAACGGACUCCGCUCCACAACCGCUAAAGACCGGCUCUGUACUUCCACCACCGUCACCAUCGGCCUCCAAUCUACCUUCUGCGGGUGCCUCAGGACCACCUAAUCCCUUUGCCCCUCGAUCAACAAUUCAGCACAACAACAAUAUGAACAUCGACACUCCCGUUUCUGCUCUCCCAUCUCGAUUUUUGGGCGAUCUGCUGCCUAGUCCCAGCAGAUUCUAUCCUGAAUGGGGAUAUGGCAUCAGCGCGGAGAGCAACACGCUUCCUAGUCCAUUGAACUUUGCUACACCUGUUAACGGAACCGGGCCAUCGUUCUUGAGAGACGACCCCACUCCACUGAAGAGGAAGAGCCCCGAGACGAAAAGUACCGCGCCCGAGAAUGACACUGGGAACAAUCAAGAUGCUAAACGGAUGCGGCUCGAAUCUUAGGUCGACCCCGUCAUCUCUUUCUUCACUUUUUGUUCUUGAACACUUAUUGUAACAAAAUAAUACUCUUAGCAUGGUAUAGCGGCGUUUGUGAUUGACUUUUUACUGGCUUUCAUUCCCUUGGGCAUGGGUUGUUAUUUCACAUCUUGGACUUUUCUUUUCUUU